GAAGGAGCAUGUCUGCGCUGAGGGUGCUGAUCCUGGUUUUAGUCCAGGUCAUGCUUCUGGUCCAGGCCCAGUCUGAGGUCCCGGUCCAUCUGGGUCAGACUGUGGUUCUGAACUGUUCUGUGAAGGUGGAGAAGACCUUCUGGUUUAUGGAGAUUAAUGGACUGCACAUCUGUAUCAGCAGAUUUUACAGUACUGCACUUAAUGAGUUCUAUAUUUGGACUGAUUCUGAGAAGUUUUCAGUUGAAGGAAACAGUUUAAGAAUCCACAACAUCAGUGAGGACGACCUGAGGAGCUACAGCUGUGCUCAGAGAAACAGCACAAUGAAGACUUUUGGAUUUAAGGAGGUUUUUGUGGUAAAAGAGAGAUAUAACCUGACCACAGAUAAGUCCGACCUGAUCCAGAACCUGACCCAGAACCCGACACAGAACCCGACCCAGAACCUGGAACAAAGCAUGACCUACAAAAUCCUGUUCCUCAGCUCUGUAGGUCUGAACGGUGUCCUCAUCAUCACAAUUUCAGGUCUGCUGUUCUGUCUGAAGAGGUGGGAUCCUAAACCUGGACUUCAGAACCACACAGACUCUCAGUACGAGGAGAUCCAGCUCAAUCCAAGUCCACGACCCUCGCCGAAACCAGGACUAAGACUGGAACCAAGACUAGAACCCAGACCAGGACCAAGACCAGGAUCAGGACCCAUACAAGAACCAAGACCAGGACCAAGACCAGAACCAAGACUAGAACCCAGACCAGUACCAAGACCAGGACCAGGACCUAUACAAGAACCAAGACCAGGACCAAGACCAGAACCAGGAUCUAUACAAGAACCAAGACCAGGACCAAAACCGACAUCUGGACCAAGAAAGGGACUCCCCCGACCAGAUCCCAUACUAGAACCCAUAUCAGAUCCAGCUCCAGGACCAAGAUUGCCACCAAGACUAGAACCCAGAUCAGGACCAAGACCAGGACCAGAACCUAUACAAGAAUCAAGAAGAGGACCCAAAUUUGGACCCAGAACUGGAGUCAGAUCAGGAGCCAAGCUGCGGCAGCCCCAUCCUCCAGAGGGCAUCUACUCCCAGGCACAGAUGCCCAGGCCCCUCCCCCCUCCCAACGGACUCUACUGAUACUUUGCUAACUGGGGCACUGCUCUGUCUGAAGAUCUGUUUCUCAAGUUAGUCUUUAAUCUGAGCUUUAUUUUAGCACACUGGCCAUAAAGAGCUGACUAAGUUGGAAGAACAGUGGGUGAGCUGUUUUUCAGGCACUCUCACCUUUUGGUUGAAACUCACACAUUUGUGCAUUGUGUCACCAUGGUAACAUUCCACCACAGAGAUACAUGCAAAACAACCCCAGCUUGGUGUCACUGCAAACUAUUAACUACAGACUGUGGCUCAGGAGUAGAGCAGCAGCUCAUAUGCAGGUCUGCGGCUCAGGAGUAGGACACAGCACAUAUGCAGGU